AUGUCUGGCACCGAGACAUCACAGGCUCUGAUGAGCGGCCAGUUGCCAAAAGAACGCGGCGCUGGACUUGUGAGUGUUGCGGCGGACCUGGUGCGGCUGGUCGCGAAACAGAAGAAACUUUCGGGCUCCAGUUUUGACGCGUGCCAGAACCUGAAGGAUGCUCUGGAUCGCUUCCAAGUCGCCAUACUGUCGCCUACGACAUCUGUAGAAGCACGCAAGUUGCUGUUGGCAGAGUUUCAGCAACAAGUUUUGGCUCUCUUCGAGACUCUGUCUGUACGAGAGAAGGAGUUGAAAGCUGCAAUUACCAAGUACACGAAAAGCGGGGAAAAUUGUUUUGACCCACAGAUCUCUCAACUAUGCAAUGUUCAACCGCUGGAGAAAACACUUCUUGAACGAGCAAUCGGUGAGCACCUCUAUCGAGAAGGUCACUUCGAUAUCGCGGACUCCUUCGCUAGAGAGUCCGGCCAAAGCUUUGAGGACACGUAUCGACUCCCUUUCAGGGAUUUGUACGCUAUUUUGAACGAUAUUCGCCACGGAACGCUUGAGCCUGCUAUUCUCUGGACACAGCGGGUCUCUUCCUGGAUAGAGCGAAGCAGCGAUAGCCAGGACGGCGCCUCGGAGAGCUCAGCGGCGCAAAGGAUGCAGGACUCGACAUACAUACCGCACAGCGCUACCCCGUCUGUACCCACGAACGCUGGACGUCAAGCGCUUGCCGAAAAACUACGUGAACUGGAAUUCAAACUUCAUCGUUUGCGAUUCGUCAAUUAUCUACAGGAAAGGCGACUACCAGAGGCCCUGGCAUACGCCCGCCAGCAUUUUGCUCGUUUCCAGCGUUCCCAGACUAAGGAAAUUCAGCAACUUAUGGGUUGCUUUGCCUUCGUAUCGCGUAUCGCAAAAUCUCCAUAUGCCUCAUUUUUUACCUCUGCGCUAUCCGAUGACGCCGAGCAAUCCUUUCGGCGUUGUUUCUGGGCACAUCUCGAUCUAAGCGAGGAGAGUCCCCUGUACAGCGUUGUUGCGUGCGGAACGAUAGCACUGCCAGUUUUGAUGCGCGCUACUCGACUGCUCGCAACGCGUGAAUCCUGGACACAACGGGAAGAACUUCCUGUUGAGAUAGACCUGGGCAAGAAGUACAAAUACCACUCUAUAUUCGUCUGCCCAGUUUCCAGAGAGCAGAGCACUCCAACGAAUCCGCCGUACUUGCUCCCCUGUGGCCACGUGCUCUGCAAAGAAACAGUGAACCGCCUGCCCAGGGGCAACACAAGAUUCAAGUGCCCAUAUUGCCCGAGUGAGCAGCAGGUUGCUGCUUGUCGACAGAUCAACUUCUGA